CGCUCUUCUUUUUGGGCUUCUCCUCGCUCACCAUAAAUCGGAACCCUAAUCCUCCGCAUCCUCUUUUAAGUGUUACCAUUCGAAAGACGAGCAAUGGAUCUCUCGACGGCGAUGUGGACGGCGGCGGUCGUCGGCGCUGUCGCGGUCUACUGGUUCGUGUGGGUGAUGGGCUCGGCGGAAGUGAAAGGCAAGCGGGCAGUGAACCUUAAGAUGGGAUCGAUCACGCGGGAUAAGGUGCAGGACAAGUACAAGCAGUACUGGUCCUUCUUUCUCCGCUCCAAGGAGGACAUUGCCGCCGCGUCCGACGACGACAACGUCCCUGCCUUCGUCGACACCUUCUACAACCUCGUCACAGACAUCUACGAGUGGGGAUGGGGGCAGUCCUUCCACUUCUCGCCCUCACUUCCCGGCCGCUCCCACCGGGAAGCCACACGCAUCCACGAGGAGCGCGCCGCUGAUCUCAUCGCCGCUCGGCCGGGCCAACGUAUCGUCGACGUGGGAUGCGGCGUCGGCGGCCCGAUGCGCGCCAUUGCUGCCCACUCCGGCGCCGACGUCGUCGGCAUCACCAUCAACGAGUACCAGGUCGCCCGCGCCCGCGCGCACAACCGCAAGGCCGGCCUCGACGGGCGCUGCGAAGUCGUCUGCGGCAACUUCCUCGAGAUGCCCUUCCCGGAAGGCACCUUCGACGGCGCUUACUCCAUCGAGGCCACCUGCCACGCUCCCCGCCUGGAGGACGUCUACCGCGAGGUCUUCCGCGUGCUCAAGCCCGGCGCCCUCUACGUGUCCUACGAAUGGGUCACCACCGCGUUGUACCGGCCGGACGAUCCGCGCCACGUCGAGACCAUCCGCGGGAUCGAGCGCGGCGACGCGCUGCCAGGCCUCCGCGAGCAGCACGAGGUGGCAGCGAUCGCGCGCCAAGCAGGCUUCGAGGUCGUGGAGGAGCGCGAUCUGGCGCUACCCCCUGCGGAGCCGUGGUGGACGCGUCUCAAGAUGGGCCGCUUCGCCUACUGGCGCAACCACCUGCUGGUCUCCGUCCUCGCCGCGCUGCGCAUCGCCCCGAAGGGCGUCGUCGACGUCCACGAGAUGCUCUACGAGACCGCCCGCCACCUGAGCGACGGCGGCGAUACUGGCAUCUUCACCCCCAUGCACAUGAUCCUCUGCCGGAAACCUCCCAUCAAUCAGUAAUCUCUCCAUCAAACAAGCUAUUCCAGAACCAAUAUACAAAUCUUCCAACUUCAACUAAUUAGUUCCAAGUGUCAGGUUUCCAGUUCAGGUUUUUUUUUUCUUUACUGGGUUUCUUCAUCGUCCCUGUUUUAGCGUUCAUGAUAUGAUGUCUGCAAUUGUGUUUCCUAAUUUAAUGGCAGAACUUUCAAAACCCCCCAUUUUCUCA